GCCUCCCCCGAUUCUGAAUGACUGACGCAGCUGCUGAGCUUAGAUAGAUACAAUGGUCUGAAUGGCGAUUGCAACAGACUCUCGGUCGAGCAGGAGCGGAGCGCAGCUCGAAUCUUUACCCAGUAAAGGACAUUACAAAUGAGACGGAUGAGAAUAAUUACCCCAAUGUAAGAUGGAGGAUAGCUUUGAUUGCGACUGUGGUGAGCUUGAGCCACCUGAUCACUGAGGGAAAGAGAACUCUGUAAAUCAGCUGCCAGUUUUGUUUUCAGUCAGGUGGAUUUGAAUUUAUUGUAAAGGAAGAGAACUAUUAAUUAAUAUUAGUGCUACUAAAAUUAAACUAUGCUGCUCAGGACCAGUUGUACACUGAAUGUAUCUGCACUGUGAGGAUGGUAUUAGAUACUUAAGCAAUUUAGCUUUUGUUUAAUGCCUUUUGAUUGGCCUCAAAUCAUUCCAUUAGUCUAGUCAAGUUUGUAAAGGAUUCCCCUUAAAGGCAAAGAUUUUCAGAACACAUUGCAAAAUGAUUUCACAGUUUGAUUACAUAUCAAAGAGCUCACUUUACCAUACACUGAGAAGACACUGAAGGCUAGAAAGGAGGGGGAACAGAGAGGUCCACUGUGGCAUGUUGGUCUAGGAAAAUAAUACAGACUUAGGUAUUUUAAUAUUGCUGAGGGAAAGAUAGACAAGCCAAGUCUGUUCAUUUCACAUUUGGCUUCAUAAAAGUUUUAAUACCUCCCUACCCUAAGAAGCUAAGAAGUUGAGUGCUCUGCCUGAAGAGAAGUACCAAACAUGGCCGAGAAGUUUGAGAGCCUGAUGAACAUUCAUGGCUUUGAUUUGGGUCCACGCUACAUGGACUUAAAGCCACUGGGCUACGGUGGCAACGGUCUGGUGUUCUCUGCCGUGGACACCGACUGUGACAAGAGGGUGGCAGUAAAGAAGAUUGUGCUGACUGACCCACAGAGUGUCAAACAUGCCUUGCGUGAGAUCAAGAUCAUCCGCAGGCUGGACCAUGACAAUAUUGUGAAGGUGUUUGAAACCCUGGGGCCCAGCGGGCGGCAGCUAAACGAGGACGUGAGCUCCCUGACCGAGGUGAACUCCGUCUACAUCGUGCAGGAGUACAUGGAGACAGACCUGUGCAAGCUGCUGGAGCAGGGCCUGCUCUCCGAGGGGCACGCCCGGCUCUUCAUGUACCAGCUCCUGCGCGGCCUCAAGUACAUCCACUCCGCCAACGUCCUGCACCGCGACCUCAAGCCGGCCAACCUGUUUGUCAACACGGAGGAUUUGGUGCUCAAGGUUGGAGAUUUCGGGCUGGCUCGCAUCAUGGACCCACACUACUCUCACAAGGGCCAUCUCUCAGAGGGACUGGUGACGAAAUGGUACAGAUCCCCUCGCCUGCUGCUCUCCCCAAACAACUACACCAAAGCGAUCGAUAUGUGGGCAGCUGGCUGCAUCUUUGCCGAGAUGCUGACUGGGAAGACCCUUUUUGCAGGGGCCCACGAGCUGGAGCAGAUGCAGCUGAUUCUGGAGUCCAUUCCUGUGAUCCACGAGGAGGAUCGGCAAGAGUUGCAGAGCGUGAUUCCGGUGUUCAUCAAGAACGACAUGUCCGAGCCUCAGACCCCACUGGCCAAGCUGCUGCCCGGCGUCAGUGCUGAAGCCCUAGAUUUCCUGGAGAAGAUCUUGACUUUCAAUCCCAUGGAUCGGUUGACGGCAGAGGAGGCCCUGGCCCACCCCUACAUGAGUGACUACUCCUUUCCCCUGGACGAGCCCAUCUCCAGCCACCCCUUCCACAUCGAGGAUGAGGUGGACGACAUCCUACUGAUGGACCAGAGCCACAGCCAUGUCUACAAUUGGGACAGGUAUCAUGAUAGUCAGUUCUCGGACCAAGAUUGGCACCUCCACAGUACCCAUGAGGCCGAGGAGGUUCAGCGGGAUCCCCGCGCCAUGUCUGAUGUGACCGAUGAAGAGGAGGUCCAGGUGGACCCCCGCAAGUAUAUGGAUGGUGAGCGGGAGAAGUUCCUGGAUGAUCCCUCCGUUUCCUGGCAACAUGAGGACCAUCAUGAGAACAAAUACUGUGACUUAGAAUGCGGCCAUACUUGCAACUACAAAGCUGUGUCCCCAUCUUAUCUGGACAACCUCAUCUGGCGGGAGAGCGAAGUCAACCACUACUAUGAGCCCAAGCUCAUCAUCGACCUGUCAAACUGGAAGGAGCAGCAGAGCAAGGAGAGGAUGGACAAGAAAGGCAAGACCAAGUGUGAGAAGAACGGCCUGGUUAAGGCCCAGAUCGCCCUGCGCGAGGCCACCCACAACCAGACCCCAGAGAAAGACUGUGAGCAAGAGAAGGACCUGAGCCAAGGCCAGGGCUUUGAUUUUGACUCCUUCAUCGCAGGCACCAUAAAGCUGAGCCUUCAGCCUGAGCCCAGUGAGGUCGGCCUCCUCAAUGAACUCAACAGUUCUGUGUCCCAGCUAGAGAUGCGCAGCUCCAUGUCCAAGUCCAUCAGCCAGGAGAAGGAGGAGAAGUGCCUGGUGAACCUGGCCCAACUCGGGGGUCGGGCACCCAAUCCGUGGGAGAGCUUUGGGAACUGCGUCGACGCGGCGGGCGAAGACACCUGCCUGAUAGACGAGGCCUGCUGGGACGUGCGCAAGGACGAGCAGCUGCAGAAGGAGACGGCCUACACCAGCUACCUGGACCGGCUGUUCAGCAAGCGCGAGGAGACGGUGGAAGUGCUCGAUCCAGAACCGGAAGUGGUGAGUGCGGUGAUGGACGACAGCUUCCUGGCCAGGAACGGAGAGCUGGUCUUCAACAUGCAGCUGGAGUCCCUGACCCUCCCCGGCUUUGAUGGCGCCACCGAUUUGCCUCUCAAGUCCAUCCAGGCCACGUUAACCCCCUCCGCCGUCAAAUGCUCCCCUCAAAUCGCCCACAAAACAUACAGCAGCAUUUUUAAGCAUUUGAAUUAAGUGUCCCAGUGCAGCAUUUAGACUACUUCCUGGUUUUAUUUUCUUUGUUUAUAUGGUAGUACAUUAUUUUUACUUGAAUCAUUUCAUACCAUUUUAUGUAUGGUUUCUUGUCUUUAUUUUAUUUUUUAAGAUAACAGUUUUGUUGAAUGAGGCAACCUCAAACAUGAGCAAAAAAGGUUUCGUAGCAGCCUGAAACAUCUUGUUAGGCCCACACAAGUGUAUGAUCAUGCAUUUAUUAUUGUUUUUUAUUAUUUUCCUGUUUUAACCAGCAUGUCAUUUGCACACCGUGUACUGUAGAUACGUGUGGAAGAGUGCUUUGGUCGGGGCAGUGAGGGACAGAGUAGUGGAGGUUAGGGGUGAACAGGAGCGCAGAAAGUAAUCAGCUGUGAGCAGGAUGAGGAAAAUGCACUAAAAGAACAUGGGAGACGUCAAGACUGACAUUGCUACCCUUGAGGAAGUCAGCCCAUUGGAGAGACACACAAGGGUCAUUUUUCCAGCUUGUAUCUAUUUCCAUUUUUUUUUAAACUAAGUCUAAAUUAUUUAUGUAUUUUCCCAGAUUCUUCAAAAUUCUUUCAUAUUGCCAUUUAUUUGACAUAUGAUGCCAGCAGCAACCAUUAAAUGUAGAACUUUGUAAAUGUGUUAUCUACCUCAAGGUAACAGCAGAGAGUAGUCACUCGGAGCCACACUAGUGCUUUACUCGUCUUCAUCCUGAUAACCAUUCAGUGAGCAGUGACUUUCUUUUUUUUAUUUGCAUUUGCCAUAGUGAAGUGUUAAGAUCAUUAUUUAUUUUUAGCAGAUGUGAUAUUUAUUUUGAAAGGAAAACAACAACAACCUGUAAAUUCAAUGUGACUGUUGGAAACUGAGACAUUGGACUUCCAUUUUCCUUUUGGCACGAAUGGUAUGUUCUUUUUUUUAAUUGUAGGAUGCAGAUUCAUCCAACUCUUUUGUUAUGUGGAGCUUUCCAUUUUCCAUCUUUUGUCUCCUUAAGGAAAAAAUCUUCCCUUUUUUAAUUUAUAGGUGCUGUCUGUGUUUGAGAGGAAUACAUGAGAUGUUUGUUUUUGUUUGUUUGUUUUUUAAUUGCGCCUAAAAGUCUUAAUUUUUUUUCUAAAUGUGUGUGUGUGUGUUUAGAUGUGUGUGUAAGUAUAUAUCUGUAAUUUGUAUAUAAACAACACACACAUUGCACACAUGCAUACACACAGUGCUAUAUAUAAAUGUAUUGUUUAAAUCAUGUGCAUGGAAGAAACCAACAGAAGGUACAUUAAAACGAAGUUAACGGUGAAGUAUAUUGUACAUCAUUAAUUUGAUUUUAAUUGUAUGUUUUUAUGAAAAAAAGUUUAUAUAUUUUUUUCCAAGCAAGCAUGAGUAAAUUAGGUUAAGGAGUAGCAUGUAGAACAUUUUUGCCUUUAAAACUGGUACUCAGAUUUUAUCAUUGGUUCCCCUGUUAUAAGAAAAACGUUAUGAAUAAAAAUUGCCAGCAAAUA